CCCACAGUAAAGAUGGCGGACGCGUCGGGGACCGAGCUGUCAGACGAGAAAGAGGCGGACGGUGAGCGCAAAAACAAGCUCAAUCCGCCGUGGGACGGAGCGAACAAGUCGGGGAAAGUCGUCAUUUCUUCACCGCUGCCGGAGACGUUGGGCUUUUACGACAUUAGCGCUGUCAGACGAGAGAGGAGAGACCACUCGGCAGAUUCGUCGCUGAUGCGCUUCGUGUGCACAGAGCUGACCAGAGGCUACUUCCUGGAGCACAAUGAGGCCAAGUACACCGAGCGCAGGGAGCGCGUGUACACGUGUAUGCGCAUCCCCAAGGAGCUGGAGAAGUUGAUGAUCUUUGGCUUCUUCCUCUGCGUGGACGCCUUCCUCUACGUGUUCACGCUGCUGCCCCUCAGGGUGCUGCUGGCCCUGCUCCGCCUCCUCACGCUGCCGUGCUGCGGCUUCAGGGCACGCACAUGCCCCUACUGCAGAAGAAGCAGCGGGUCCAGGCUGCUGCAGCCGGCGCAGGUGUGCGACAUGCUGAAAGGCCUGAUCCUGGUGCUGUGCUUCUCCAUGAUGCACUACGUGGACUACUCCAUGAUGUACCACCUGAUCAGAGGACAGUCCGUCAUCAAGCUCUACAUCAUCUUCAACAUGCUGGAGGUGGCAGAUCGCCUCUUCUCCUCCUUCGGCCAAGACAUCCUGGACGCUCUCUACUGGACCGCCACAGAGCCCAAAGAGCGCAAGAGAGACAGCAUAGGAGUCAUCCCUCACUUCCUCAUGGCCGUCUUCUAUGUUUUCCUCCACGCCAUCCUCAUCAUGGUGCAAGCCUCCACCCUCAACGUCGCCUUCAACUCGCACAACAAGUCCCUGCUCACCAUCAUGAUGUCCAGCAACUUUGUCGAGAUCAAAGGCAGCGUGUUCAAGAAAUUUGAGAAGAACAACUUGUUCCAAAUGUCCAACAGUGACAUAAAGGAGCGCUUCACCAGCCACGUCCUCAUGCUCAUCGUUUGUCUCAGGAAUAUGGAGCAGUUCUCUUGGAACCUGGAGCACCUCUGGGUUCUGUUCCCCGACGUCUUCAUGGUCCUCACCUCUGAAGUGGCCGUGGACAUCAUCAAACACGCCUUCAUCACCAAGUUCAACGACAUCACGGCAGACGUUUACAGCGAAUACAGAGCCAGCUUGGCUUUUGAUCUUGUCAGCAGUCGACAAAAAAACGCUUGUACCGACUACAGUGACUCGGUGGCCCGCAGGAUGGGCUUCAUCCCGCUGCCUUUGGCUGUUCUGCUCAUCCGAGUGGUCAUGAGCUCAGUGAAGGUGCGAGGAGCUCUGUCCUACACCUGUGUGCUCCUCUUCUAUCUCGGGCUGCUCACGCUGAAGGUGCUGAACAGCAUCGUGCUGCUGGGGAAGUCGUGCGUUUACGUCAAGAGAGCCAACAUGGAGGGCAAGUUGUUCCAGAAGCCCCAGCAGACGACAGCGUCCUCCUCUGUCAAGACCCCCAGCAAAGCGGACCCGGCCGCAAGUACGGCGCCCUCAGGCGAUUCCAAGGUGAACCAGAGCCCAUCUACACCCCCUGUCCCACCCACCUCCUUUUCAGUGACCACUCAGCCAACACCAAGGUCGGACUUCCCCCCUCUGCCCUCUGAUCCGACCCUCUCAGCACCCCCCCAUCCACCUCCAGCUGCACCAUCGGAACCCGAGCAGCCUACUCCAUCACUCCCCAAACAGGAGGAGGAGGAGGAAGAGGAGGAAGCUGUAGAGGAGGAGGGGCGGGACCCCUCUGCUGCCAAGCAUCGGGCUCCUAAGAAGGACUUGCUGGAGAUCGACCGCUUCACCAUCUGCGGCAACCGCAUCAACUGACUGGAUUCAGGAAGGACAAGUAUUUAUUUACGGUAAGUUAGCGGAAGCACCGACGCACAUCCUGCCGCUCGUCCCAGAAGAUUCCUCGACAGGAAGUUUGGGCGAGAUGAUAAUAAGAGCGUCGCACGACGAACUCUAGUGUGAGCGUGCAGGUGUCAGGAUGCGGCGCCAGUGUGGAGGCGUGACAGCGAGUGAAGGUGAGAGCACAUCAGCACUUCCUGUUUGAGCGGCAGAGGACACGUGUGAAUUUGAGCUUUUCGAGGUACAAAACUGAAGGAUCCUCCACAGAAAUGACUUGGGACACACACAGGUUCAUUGUACACCCGAGGUAAAUGCUUCCUGUCCAUGUACGAACAGGUAGACCAUGUCACCUUAAGGAGGUAGACCAUGUCACCUUAAAGGGGUAGACCAUGUCACCUUAAAGGGGUAGACCAUGUCACCUUAAAGGGGUAGACCAUGUCACCUUAAAGGGGUAGACCAUGUCACCUUAAGGAGGUAGACCAUGUCACCUUAAGGAGGUAGACCCUGUCACCUUAAGGAGGUAGACCCUGUCACCUUAAGGAGAUAGACCCUGUCACCUUAAGGAGGUAGACCCUGUCACCUUAAGGAGGUAGACCGUGUCAGCUUAAAGGGGUAGACCGUGUCACCUUAAGGAGGUAGACCGUGUCACCUUAAGGAGGUAGACCCUGUCACCUUAAGGAGGUAGACCACCUUAAAGGGGUAGACCAUGUCACCUUAAGGAGGUAGACCAUGUCACCUUAAGGAGGUAGACCAUGUCACCUUAAAGGGGUAGACCAUGUCACCUUAAAGGGGUAGACCAUGUCACCUUAAAGGGGUAGACCACCUUAAAGGGGUUGACCACCUUAAAGGGGUAGACCAUGUCACCUUAAGGAGGUAGACCAUGUCACCUUAAGGAGGUAGACCAUGUCACCUUAAAGGGGUAGACCACCUUAAAGGGGUUAGACCAUGUCACCUUAAGGAGGUAGACCAUGUCACCUUAAAGGGGUAGACCAUGUCACCUUAAAGGGGUAGACCACCUUAAAGGGGUUGACCACCUUAAAGGGGUAGACCAUGUCACCUUAAGGAGGUAGACCCUGUCACCUUAAGGAGGUAGACCCUGUCACCUUAAGGAGGUAAGGUAGACCCUGUCACCUUAAGGAGGUAAGGUAGACCCUGUCACCUUAAAGGGGUAGACCAUGUCACCUUAAAGGGGUAGACCAUGUCACCUUAAGGAGGUAGACCUUGUCACCUUAAGGAGGUAGACCCUGUCAACUCAAUGGGGUAGACCAUGUCACCUCAAGGAGGUAGACCAUGUCACCUUAAGGAGGUAGACCCUGUCACCUUAAAGGGGUAGACCACGUCCCCUUUGGACCACUGAAGAUAACGACAAUGUGGGCACACUCGUGUAGCAAAACGACCAUUUCCCAGUUGAGUUGCCACAGCUGCAAAUAUCCGUCGACUGAUUUAGCCUAUCAGACUUUCAGCGAAUGGACAAAAGUCUUGGGACACCUCAGCCAAUUAUUUCAUCUUAGCAGCACAUUUUAGACGAUGGUACGCUUCCAAGAGUUUAGGAAAGCCCUUCUCUGUUGAAAGCAAGAACAUUCAGGGUGUGCUUGGAUGAGUAUGGUAGGGAAGAAAUGGAGAAAUUGACGCACAACAACAUCUCGCUCGCAUUAGAAUGAGUCCCAAUACUUUUGCCCAUUUUCCCUGAUGGACCAAAUUGUCUUAAAUCAGCGUUUUCUUUCUUCUUCUAAUGUUUACAUGCUUUGAUAGUAACAGUGAUUUCACAAUGAAAGCCUUUUUUUAUUGUAAUGAAAUGAAGAAAAGAUCUACUGAACAUUAUCAUAGUAUGAUAUCAUUGUGUGUGAGAUGAUAUCAUACUUGAGGUGAGUUUUGCAAUUUGCAGAAUGAAAAGUUUGAUUGAAGACGUGACUUAUCAGGUGUAAUCAUCUGGCAUAUUGAUUAGCUUCAUUAUUUAAGGCAGUAAUACUGCCCUGUUGGGGGCUGGGGGGGGGUCAUACACAGAGUUUAUGGACAAUAAAUGCCUUUUAUAUUGUUUACUGUCAAUGGAAUAAUAAUGUGUGGGAAAUAAUUUUUAUUUCAUGAACAUAUUUUUCAUCAGAAAUAGAUGGCGUGCACUAUGGUCAGCAUAUUGUUGGAAAUAAUAAAAAAACAAACAUCA